UUCAUUUAUCUUGGUUGCUGUGACUUUGUAGGUGUUUUUGCUUACUAUGUGUGCGGUGUCAUUUUCAAAUGAUCAUGUUUGAUGUCAUCUGAGUUUAACACGACACUGUGAGUCCUGUGCUGUCGGCGUUCGUGUACUUCAAGGAGAGAGAGAGAGAGGGAGAGACUGAAUGUUCAGCAUUGCUGAUUUAUCAUCAUUCGUUUACACAGAGAAAUUGCAGUAAACAGUAGCUUUUGACCAUGCACGUGACACAUUUAGGUUUUCAAGGAGCCCUUUCUCAUGUGCCAAAGACGACAUGAUUCACUAUCUCAGAUGGACUGUUUUCCUGUGGAUCGUAAAUUCCAUUCCUUUUACUUCAGGAAUGGCAGUGAAUGAGAGAAUAGAUCAUACAUGUCCACCCUUAAAGCUGGAGGAGAUAUGGCAUACCAGUGUGAACAUUCACAGAGAAUUCACAGGAUUCGAUUUAGCCGAGAAGUUCCUUCUCAGAAAAGGCAUGGUGACGGAUGACAGGCUGUUGUUUAGACUGGGGAGUAAACCCCUGUUUAAACCAACAGAAUCUGUGUUCCCAAAUGGACUUUCUCAUGAAUACUCCAUUAUUGCCACGUUCCGGCUCAGAAAAACCACAAAGAAAGAUCGCUGGUUUGUUCUCCAGAUCUUUGAUAAAAGUGGAGAUACACAGGUGUCAUUAAUAGUGGAUGGGGCUAAAAAAACAGUAGAGUUUUUAGCUCAGGGUUUUCUGAAGAACAGCCUCCUGUACAUCUUCAAGAACCGAGACCUUCAUGCCCUCUUCGAUCGACAGUUUCACAAGCUGGGUGUUUCUGUCGAGAGCAACGCCGUCUCCAUCUACCUGGACUGCAAAUUAAUUGAACGUCAGGUGACCGCUGAAAGGUCUGGCAUGGAAGUCAGCGGACGCACCUUCAUCACCACUCGAGUGGAGGAUGGACGUCCAGUGGAUAUUGAGCUUCAAGAGAUUCUGAUCUUCUGUGAUGCUAGAAUAGCCGACCUGGACAGAUGCUGCGAUUCUCCUGGAGUUACGUGUGAACCUGUAGUAACCCACAACCCCACAGCGGCCCCACUGGUCACAGGAUACCUCCACAGAAUGCUGUCCAUGCCAGCUCAGCUCCCCACCGACCGAUGCCACUGUCCCGCUCUGAAGGGGGAUCAAGGGCUUCCGGUUUUGGCAGGACAUUCUGGACAAAAGGGAGAUAAAGGAGACAUGGGUUUGAAAGGGGAUCCUGGACCUCAAGGCCUACCUGGUCUCAAAGGUGAUAAAGGGGAACCAGGCCCACCGGUUUCGGAAACACUGUCGAUUGAAAAGCAAGCUCAAAAAGGAGACCAGGGUUCCCCAGGAGUUCCUGGAGAAAAGGGAGAUGCUGGCCUGCCCGGUCAACCAGGAGCACCAGGAAAAGAGGGCAAAAGGGGUCGACGGGGAAAAACAGGAGAACCGGGGACUCCAGGACCACCGGGUCCACCUGGAACAUGUGAUGCUGAAGCUGUUAAGGGGGUGAAGGGUGACCCGGGUGUCGCAGGAGUCGAUGGACUGAAGGGCGAUAGAGGGGAUCCUGGUUUGCCUGGCCUGGAGGGAACCAGUGGAUUAAAGGGGCAAAAGGGUGAAGAAGGACCCAGAGGACCACCGGGCCCUGUCAUGACAGCACAUGGACUGAGACUUCUUUCUGGACCUGGGGAAGGAGGUGAGAAAGGCCAGAAAGGAGAGAAAGGAGACCAGGGUGAAAAAGGUUCUGAAGGCUCACAAGGUCUACAGGGCAUUCGUGGAUUGCCUGGACUGACAGGGGCACCAGGACUUGAGGGAAAGGAGGGUCAGCCUGGUCCCAUUGGCCUUCGUGGUCUUUCAGGAGACCCGGGCUCACCCGGUCAGCCAGGACUACCUGGAAAAGACGGAAUGAAAGGAGAAAAGGGUGAUGCAGGCGGAGCACCGGGACCGAUAGGCCCCCAGGGCCUCAAGGGUGAACCUGGAAAGCCCUGCUCUGUCGGUCUUUGCAAUGGGGAGGAGGUUGUUUCUGGUCCACGGGGGUCACGGGGCCCUAAGGGUGAGCGAGGUGUACCUGGAGUACCAGGAGAUGCUGGAGAGAAAGGAGAACCUGGUAUUGGAAUCACCGGACCACCUGGUCUGACGGGACCUAAAGGGGAACCAGGAAUUCAGGGUCCUCGUGGACCAGCAGGGACAGUUGGAUUGCCAGGAAAUAUGGGACCUCCAGGCCCACAAGGAAGACCAGGGCCCCCUGGACCUCCCGGAGAACCGACAGCACUACCCAUUGUGGGAGACAUGGGGACAUUACUGAAGAACGCUUGCAGUGUGUGUCAGACCAGAGUACCAGGAUUACCAGGGCAGAAAGGAGAAAAGGGUUCCCCUGGAGCUUCAGGUAUCCCAGGAAUGGAUGGAGAAAAGGGGGAUCAGGGUCUGCGGGGCCCAGCUGGUAAUCCCGGAAAAGAGGGCCCGAAGGGAGUGAAGGGUGAGAGAGGCUUUCCUGGUCCAAUGGGGGACAAGGGUGAUGAGGGGACCCCAGGUGUGCCGGGAUUGCCUGGAUCCACAGGCCGUAUAGGUGCACCGGGACUUCUUGGCAGACCAGGACCUGUUGGCCCCCCAGGACCAAAGGGAGAACGGGGCAGCGAAGGACCGCAAGGUAGACCCGGACCUCCUGGACCUCCUGGUGUUCCAUUUGCAGAGGGCAAUGGGAUGAGCAGUCUUUAUAAGCUUCAGAAUGGAGCGGCUAAUACAGGCCAACCCGGACCACCCGGGCCUCCGGGGCCCAAAGGAGAUGAAGGAAGGAUGGGUGAGCCGGGACUGAUGGGAUUACCAGGACUAGAGGGGCUGCCAGGUGCUAAGGGCGACCCUGGCCUUCCUGGUCCUCCUGGUGUUUCUGGUCCUGCUGGAAAGCCUGGUCCGCGUGGUGAGACAGGGAUCCCUGGAGAGCCGGGAGAACGAGGGCCUCUGGGAGAGACUGGCUUCCCUGGACCCGAAGGGCCCCCUGGAGCCCCUGGAAGGCCGGGGAAAGAUGGAAUUCCAGGCUAUGAGGGAGCCACAGGCAGACCUGGAGACAGAGGCACUAAAGGAGAACGGGGAGAUCCGGGGAUUCCAGGAGAGAGAGGAGUCCAGGGAGAAAGAGGGAAAGCUGGAGACAUAGGGCCCAUUGGUCCUAAGGGGCCGCCUGGACAGAAAGGAGAACCAGGCUCACCUGGAUCUUCAACAACACCGGGGACCGUCAAUCUGUUGGGAGAUACAGCUGCCUUGGAGGAAAUUAAAACAUUCAUCCGAAAUGAAGUUUUGCGUAUAUUUGAAGAGAGGUUUUCAGACAGUUACGCAUUGCUGCAGAAGACACCAGCAGCUAUAUUAGCCGCACAGGGUCGACAUGGCCCUCCGGGGCCACCCGGUACUGAUGGCUCCCCAGGACCCCCCGGAGAGCCGGGACCUCCAGGCCCCCAAGGGUAUCGGGGGCAGAAAGGGGAAAGGGGUCAAAUGGGGUUGGGAAUUCCAGGAGCUCCAGGCCCCACUGGCCCACCAGGUUCACCCGGAAUGGGAUUCCAGGGGCCUUCAGGUCCCCCAGGGCCCCCAGGUCCACAGGGAAGAUGUAACCCCAGUGACUGCUUCCAUCCUUACGCCAGACGGGAUGGAUAGAACCUGACGCAUCCUCAUCAAACCUGAUGAGACCCUGGAAAACCAAUGAACCAGCUCAUCUACAUAAGCUUUAAAUCCUAUUAAAAACAAAUGUAGGAUCCCUGCUGCAGGAGAAGACUCAAGCAAACUCCAUCCCCAUAGAGCAGCCAUUACUGGUGAUGUCAUUUCAUUUCAUCAUUUAUCUCCGUUUCAUUUCCUAUAUUUGUGACCAAUGCUUUUGCUCAUUUUCCCAUGUUUUGUGGGUAUGACUUGAGAAUUCAAGUCCCAUCAUUACACUAAUCACAACGGACAGGUUUGUGUAUUUUGAAAUGAGAAUUUUAUGUACAUUUGCUUAUUUUCUUCAGGCUUAAGUUGAGUUUUAAUUCAGUUGUGAUGGCGCUAUGCAAUCUAAAAUAGAACAUAUGAUGACAAACAUUAAGUUAAUGUAAAUAACAGGCUUUCAGACAUCUAAUUUUGAACAAGCCCUGCUCGUGAAGGGAGUUAUUGUCACGUUUGUCACCUCAGAUGCACUGAUGAUACAUGAUAAUGGAGCGCUGAAUAUAAAGACUGACACAUUAUAAACACUAAAUAAAUCAUAAAAUAAUUUAACAUAUAAAUAAUAAUUUAUAUUUAUUCAUCCAUUUAUUAUUUUUGUAGUGUUUAUUUAUUUUAUUUAAUAAUUAUAAAUCAUUGUAUACAAAAAUAUUUUUUCAUUACAAAUUGUAUAAUCAGAAAUUGGAAAAUUAACACAGACAGAAUAUCUCACAUCAUUUCUUGUUUAUUUUAACUUUUUUUUUCAUUUUAUUUCCAUGCUUAAAUUAGAUAUUCAAUGUGGCGUCAGACUUUUAUGUUCUUUUUUGACCAAACACAGCAAAGAUAAGAGAUUAGAGAAGUAAUAGUGAUCUUUCUGUGUUGGCCAGUGCUGGUGAGGUGAAAACUGCUCAUGACAUUGAUACGCUUUAAAUUGUUUACAGGGAAAUAAGCGCUGUUCCUUUUUUUCUGACUGUUUAAACACCCUCAUACUGGUGUUGUAUGUAUAUUUUGUUCUUUACUUGGUUUGUUUGUUUGUUUGUUUGUUUGUUUCCAACGAAUGUGCAGAUGUGGAGUGCUUUUAAAUACCUAUAUUUAUCUUUGCAUUUAAAUAUAAUUCUCUCUAAUUUCUUUUGCUUUGUAUGGAAAACAUCCUUCCAUGUUACUUGAAUAUUUUUAUAAGACAUAUGUCAAUAUCAUGUUCACAGUUUAACAUAUGGCAAACCUUUUAACAUCAAA